AUGGACCAUUCCAUGGAUCAUGUUAAUGUUCCUCCUCCCCCAUUGGAUCAAGGUCAUGGUCAUGGUCAUGGUCAUGAUCAACAUCAUCCUGAAAGGGCAACUUCUUCGGCCACUCCCCGCAAGUUCAGCAUUCGCAGUAACUUUGGUAAAGCGCGUCAACCCAGAAGUCGCAAGAACAGACCCUGCGACGCGUGUCGGCGCCGCAAGACGGCUUGUGUCAUAACUUCUGAGCCCCCAUGCCUGUUUUGCAAAAGCAGAGGCUUAGCAUGCCAAUCCCUCUCCGAUACCGACCCUCUGGGUCCUCGGCCCGGACCUUCUUCUACUUCGGGGUAUAACAUCCCUGGUCCUGGAGGGCCAUCGCCUUCAGGUGCCGAAUCCUCCAAGAGUUAUGACGCGACAAGUCCAGCAUCGGUCACAGCUUCAACCUCCGUCACUGGCACAACCUCAGCCAUAUCUCCCUCCGCUACCUCAGAAGCGAAUCGCCACAGAUCUGAGCCAGCAGCCGUUGUACACAACGGUCUUGUCCGGCCCCAUCUUCCGCCUGUUCCUGGACAGAGUCCUUCUGGACUAAACUCACUCAGCCUUGAUCCACCCCGUCUUGAACCUAAUCAGGAAGCUGUAUAUGCUCUUGAAGAUGUACCCGGCAGAACAGCCCAUGCUAUGGCAUUAGCCUCGGAGCAGGAUCCUUACUUUCUCGACGCCUUUAGAUCAGUGCUGCUUAGCGAGAGAGAAGGUAUUGACGCCAACUUUGUCCAAGUCUAUCAUGGCGGACCUGACCAGGAUGAUUACCCGAUGCACUUUUUGCUUCUGCUGGAUGAGUUCCCCGAUCAUAAGAAUGAAGCCACAAAGAUGGCUUCCGACUCUAUCGAGCGCCUCGUUUGGCCCCACGGCCCGGCCCUCGUGCGUCUUUACUUCCGCCACGUCCAUGCUGGGUUCCCCGUAGUCCACAAGACUCGCUUCCUACGUCAAUACGCAACAUCAAAGCUUGACAUACCCUCGUCACUACGAGGCGCUGUGUACGCCCUCGCUUGCGUCUUCUGGUCCCAGGAUGCCGGCCUCGCGAGGAUCCCAUGUCCUUUCAAGCAGCACGAACUAACCAACAAUGCUCAAGAGGCGCUACGACGGGAACUCGAGGCACCUAAUCUGUCUCGGCUAAUGUCAUGCUUGCUGCUGCUUCAUAUGAAGCCACCAGAGAUAGACAGCGUCGAGACGCCGUACACCUGGGUGAUGGCGUGUCAAGCAACAUCCGUCGCGCAAAUGCUGGGUCUGCACCAGGAUCCUGACAAGUGGAAUAUUGCGCCUUGGGAGAAGAGGUUGAGGAAGAAGCUCUGGUGGGCGACUUUCUACACAGACUGCUGGUCAGCAGUGGCCCAUGGUAACCCUCCACAUAUUAGCUAUGAGUCCUUCACCACGGCCCCGCCAGAUAUGGAUGAUCUACGGUCUGGUGAGGAUAUUCCUGAUGAUCUGCGAUACUUGAUUGAUCCUGAGGAUGCCACAUUUCGCGUCGUGGACGGUGCGCGCUUCCUCGAGCAGAUCACUGUGUCGAGGGAGAUGCGUGCUAUCCUAGACUGCAGCCAUGGUGUACGAUCAAACACACAGACACGUCAACAACUAAUACCCAUUCGCGAGACGCUUAAGGAAUGGCCCAGUCUCAUCCCGAGCUGCCUAGCUGUGAGACCUUAUGCUCAUAAUGGACCCCUGCAUAUAUCAUUCUUUGCAACACAGGUGCUUCUCUGGCGUGGUCUGAUGUUCCCCGCUACGAGAGCCGCAAAGGUCACCCCCGGUUCAAACCUCCAAAGGUGGCUCUCCACCGCGCUCGCCGAAUUUGAACUAUUCACGACGUUUAUGUCAUAUAUCACUGAGGAAGAACUGACCAGCUUCUGGGGUCGCUUUGCCCGAUCACAACUUAUCCUUUGUGGAAACUUCUUGAUCUACCUCUUUCUGUUAGCUAGUGAUCCGCGCGACAUCGAGGCAGCUUACAGACUGUUGGAGAAGUUCCACUUAUCGCUGCAGAGACUCGGUGCUACCGAGGAUACAGCUGCGCAGGUGUUUUUGAGGCCUGUUAUUUUGAGGAUUGACUCGUUCUUUAUGCAAGCUACGGAGUUGAUCAAACACGGGAGGACGGUCAAGCUUGAACCGCCUGUUAUGACGGUGCCGAGGGGAGAGUAG